AAUGGGGGUCCAAGGGGCGGAGGAGGGGCGGGGCUUCUUCCUGGCUGGGCCUGCGCAGAGCCUCUCUCGCCGCCAUUGUUUUCUGAGGCGCUUCCUCUGGAGCCGCGAAGGAGGAGAGAGAGAGAGAGAGGGGGAAAACGAGGAUUCUGUGGAGCCACCUCUUGAAUGCAAUAAGGAAAACAGUAUUAUAGGAAGAAGAAAUCCUCCCAAGGUGGUGAUCUUGCUGAAUUUGUGACCUCACUUGCAAAUAAGACAGGAGUCAAAUAUCUGUAUUGCAAUCACUCAAAUUACUCUUGACAUGAAGGGGAAAGCGUAUAAAUGCCUGGAAUGUGGACAGAGCUUCACUCAGAAUUCAGAUCUAUAUUUACAUCAAAGGACUCACACUGGGGAGAAACCCUAUACAUGCCUGGAGUGUGGAAGAAGCUUCUUUCAUAGUUCAGGUCUGUAUUCACAUCAAAGUACUCACACUGGGGAGAAACCCUAUAAAUGCCUGGAGUGUGGACAGAGCUUCACUCAGAGUGGAAACCUACGUACACAUCAAAGGACUCACACUGGGGAGAAACCCUAUACAUGCCUGGAAUGUGGGCAGAGCUUCAGUCGGAGUGACAUUCUACAUUCACAUCAAAGGACUCAUACUGGGGAGAAGCCAUAUAAAUGCUUGGAGUGUGGACAGAGCUUCACUCAGAGUUCAGGUCUGUAUUCACAUCAAAGGACUCACACUGGGGAGAAACCCUAUACAUGCCCUGAAUGUGGUCAGAACUUCACUAACAAUUCAGUUCUAUAUUCACAUCAAAGGACUCACACUGGGGAGAAACCCUAUCAAUGCCUGGAGUGUGGACAGAGCUUCAGUCAGAGUGGAAACCUACGUACACAUCAAAGGACACAUACUGGGGAGAAACCUUAUAAAUGCCUGGAGUGUGGACAGAACUUCACUGAUAGUUCAAAUGUACGUAAACAUCAAAGGACUCACACUGGGGAGAAACCCUACAAAUGCCUGGAGUGUGGACGAAGCUUCGCUCGUAGUUCACAUCUACGUUCACAUCAAAGGACUCACACUGGGGAGAAACCUUAUAAAUGCCUGGAGUGUGGACAGAGCUUUGCUGAGAGUGGAGAUCUGCAUAAACAUCAAAGGACACACUGUGGAGAAGCCCUAUGAAUGCCCUGAGUGUGGAAGGAGCUUCAGUCGUAGUGCACAUCUGCGUCGCAUCAGAGGACUCACAUGGGCGAAACCUAUACAUGCAUGGCAUGUGGGAAGAGCUUCUGUGAGAAUUGAAAUCUACAUAGACAUAGAAUUCACAUUGGAGAGAACAGUGGCAUUUGAGCACAGGGAGACUCUCCAAGACAGAGCUUUCCAAACUUUUCAUGUUGGUGACACACUUUAGACGUGGUUCCUAAUUCAACCCUAUGGUUCAGUUUAACUAGGAAAACAGGUUAAACCAACCCCAUAUAAAAUUUUCAAUACAUAUGAUCUAAUAAUAUAUAGAGAUACGUUUCAUAUAACCUUUACUGUACAAGCAGUUUUUGUGCCGUUUCCUCUUCCAUGUGGUUCAUCCCCAACAUCCUUGUAAACAAAAUUUCUAUAAAAUGCAUAUUAAUUCCCAUCUUCUCUCCUUAAUGUUUCUUCAAUACAUUUCUUCCAUAUACUUUCAAAAUCAUUUUUCUUCUUCUUAUUAUUAUUAUUAUUAUCAUCAUCUUCUAUAUAUAUAUAUAAAAAUGUUCUAACCAUUUCUGAGAUUUUUUGAGAUGCCUUGCUUUCCAAUUUUUUUCCCAAUUUCUUUCUCCUACUUUUAUUCCCAGUUCUUCCUCCCAUAUUUCCCUUGUUAAUAUCCCUUUCCUCCCACCUUUAAUCUCUAUUAAUAUUUUAUAUAUCAUACUGGUUAUCCCUUUCAGAUAUUCAUUGCCCUCUUUAGUCUGUUCUUUUAAUACUAUAUAUUUUCAAAUUUUGUUGGUUCUCUUUCCUCCCAGCUCUUUCUUUGCCAAUUUUGGAACCACUGGUCUAGUUGAACCCAAUGAAGCCAUGAUAUAUUUAAAUCACCUAGGAUUCCCUUUAUGUAGUUUUCCUCCAACUUCCAAUUUUGUCUAAUUUCUUCCUUUUCAAUUCCUCAUCCAUCCCAUUUUUUAAAGUUUUUAGGAAGUUUCUUCUCCAUUAUCACUGGCAUUAUUUUAGAAUUCUCUUUAAUGAGGUGGCUUUUAUAUUUAUUCCGAUUUAUAUUUAUAUUUAACCUUUAUCAGUUUUAUACUUGUUUACUUAUGCAAUGCUUGUUUAUGCAAUAAAGAAAUGAACAGGA